AUGAAUCAUCAUCAGAGAUCAGGUCACUCUACCUCAGCUCCCUUCGAAUCAGAUACACGCUCUCAUUCAUCUCCAACAUACUCGUCCUCAAUUUACUCGUCCCCUAUCGCUAUUUCCCCAUCUGGGCCUCAAGGAGGAGGAUUCCAUCAUGGGUUAGGAAUCACAGGCUGCGAGACCGAGUAUGAAAUCGACCAACUGGUUAACGUCCCGCCUAUGCCGUCGCAGCUAAUACAAGAAACGCCUACCUUCGAAGUAUCUUAUGAUGAUUAUACCAACGACAACGGCCUAUACUAUCCCACAUACAACACACCUCCAAAUAUCACCCAGGACUCCUUCAAUCUCUACAGCCCUAUAUCCAUGAGCGCGUCCACCAGUUACAACUCGGCAAUGGAACUUGCCCCAGGCCAAGACACCUUCUCGGGAAUGUCUAGUGUGUGGAUGAAUACAUCUUGCUCGGUCCCGACAACGCCGCUAGAAGUGUUGCCCAUCACGUUAGGCAACGGAACGAGCGGACAGUGGCCUCGGAGUACGUUUGCGGAUGCGUCAAUGCCCCUCACGCUGCCUCUGUUGCCAGUCACCGAUCUCAACGGUUUCACCACUGUAUCCUACAUCGGGGCUACGGGAGAAGAAAUGGAAUUUGGCGGCUAUAGACAAAACAUCAACGUCGGACAGGAUGUUGCCCAGCCCCAGGCUCCUCCCCCCAGUACAAAAGCCGCAGAGCCUGCGCCUAAGAUCAGAAGAAGAAGAAGCCGUGACUCAAUUGUCAAAGCUGUUUCUGCUAGUGGCCUGGAAUGCCCUAUAUGCGGUCACAUUUUCACCAGACGCUCCAAUUGCAAGGAGCAUCAAAAGAUGCACAACCCCGAUUGGAAAAGAAAUCAUUGCUGCGAGGAGUGCCCCAAAUCCUUUGGAAGAAGCUCAGAUCUCAGGAGACACUUUAAUACUGUGAGUGGAGUGAUAUAUGAUGGUGUAUGGCUCAAGAGCGGUUAUUUACGCGAGUCUUAG